AAAAAAAAAAAAACAAAAAAACAAAGGAGAAAUUUUACUUAAAACUUAAUUCUCCGCCACCACACUGACGCUCACACUAAACUCUCCGCCACCACCGCCAAUGGAGUCCGCGCCUGAAUCCGGUGAAACCACCACCACGGCCACCGUUGACCCUUGUGGCGUAAAACCCACAUUCACCGAUGAGGAAGAAAAACCCAUGUCGAAGAAUGCCAAAAAGAAGCUAUUGAAGCAGCAAAGAUACGAAGCGAAGAAAGCGGAGAAGAAAGCCAUGGAGAAGGAAGCGAAGAAGAGAGAAAAGGAGAGGAAGCAAAGGGAGUGGGAAGAGAAGCUUGGAAUGGCGGCCACGGAAGAGGAGAGGCAGAAGCUGAUUGAGUCAAGGAAAGAACUCAGAAAAGAGAGAAUGGAGCAGAGGUGCCAGGAGAAAGAGAGCAAAUUGGAGAGGUUGAAGAAAGCCAGGUUGGAUGGCGGUCAGAAGAUUGUAAUUGAUCUCGAGUUUGCCCAUCUCAUGAAUACUUCUCAGCUCAACAGCCUCGUUCAACAGAUAAUGUAUUGUUAUGCUGUAAAUGGAAGAUGCGAAUAUCCCGCCCAUCUUUUCUUGACGGGCUGCGAGGGGGAGAUGCAUAACCAUUUGCAAAGGCUCCCGGGUUAUGAGAAGUGGGUAAUAGACAAGGAAAAUCGAUCAUAUAUACAAGCCUUUGAAGAUCAAAAGGAAAACCUGGUAUACCUCACGGCAGACUCAGAAACGACCCUAGAAGAACUUGAUCCUAAAAAAAUAUACAUCAUCGGUGGAUUGGUGGAUCGGAAUCGGUGGAAAGGGAUAACCUUAGAUAAGGCAAAAAAUCAGGGCAUCCAGACGGCAAAACUUCCUAUUGGAAGCUACCUCAAGAUGUCUAGUUCCCAGGUAUUAACUGUAAAUCAAGUGUUGGAGAUACUACUCAAAUACUUAGAAACAAGGGAUUGGAAGGCUUCUUUUUUCCAGGUGGUUCCUCAAAGGAAAAGAUGUGGGGAUGCUGAGUCAGAAAGUGAUCAUCAUGACGCAGAAGAGGAGACAAAUGGUGAGAGAGAUGACGUAGAGCUGAAAAGGCAGUGCAUAGGAGCAUAAGAUGUCGAUCUCGAUGACGUGCUUCGUAAUUUUGCAUUGGAUCUUUGCUACAAAAAAUGUAUUCAGGCCAGGCCGCAACAUCAGCAGUGUAAUUCUUUUGUCUUUCUUUGCAAUAACUAUGAAUUUUGUAAGAAACUCAGGAUCGGUGAAGAGAAGUUUAUGCAAGUUAGGUUGUUUGGAGUGCCUGACAUAGAUUCGAUUAUCCAGGUAGCAUGAUGUAGAACUGAUGUCCUUAAGGCUUACACAAAAUUUCUUUGUUCUUUACC